ACCGGGGAAAUGAAAUUCCCAAAAGUUUGAAAAGCUGCCAUGUUCUCCUCUAGCUUCUUUCCAUCGUUCUUCUCUCUCUCUCACAAUCAAAUACCAAAAAAACCCUCAAUCGGAGAACCACGAUGUCUCUCUCACCGUCACUGCUCUUUUCUCCCACAACAACAUCGCACAAUCACCAAAUCUCCGAUCUUCGACCGAUGUAUCCACCCAUUCUCUGCCCCCACUCUAAUUCGCUUAGUCAAAUAUCCAAAAACCCUCAAUCAGAGAACCACGGUCGCUUCUCCUUUCUUCCACACCAGUCGACAGAAAUCAAGGAGUCUCAUGCCUAAAAAUCUAUAUAGGGCCACAAAAUCGACUAUUGUUGGAACUAGGGUUCUGGUUCUUAGUGAAAUCGAAGGUUUUUUGGUCACCAGGCCAUGAAAUUGAAAUCAAAGGGAUACAGUUGUUGGAACCAUGACUAUUGUUAGAACCAGGGUUUCGGUUCAUAGACCCUCCAUCUACUUCUCUCGAUCUUCAUAUCCUCAAUUAACGAGUCCUCUAUGCUCGCCGCUAUUAGCCAUCGCCUACCUGUGAAGCCACCACCGGAUGGAGACCGUCGCACCCCAUAGCUACACCAGAAACCUUCAACCUCUUAGCUAUAGGUAUGGAGAUUUGAAAUUGCAAUAUCCAGACAAUAGAGCUUUUGCACAACACUUUGAGAAAAAUAUUUCCAAGGCUGCUACAUACAAUCUGCUCCAAGCAAGACUUAAUGUGGUUCUUUUUGAGAUAAUCUUUCCAUUUAUGUGCUUCAGUGACAACGAUCAAAAGCUCUGGGAGGAAGAUCCACAUGAGUAUGUCACAAAGGGUUAUGAUAUUAUUGAAGAUUAUAAAAUUUUUAAAAGGAUGCAAGACUAG